AUGGAGGAUCACACGUGGGAAAAGCAUGCUCACCCCACUGCCCUACGACUCCUCCCCCUCCUGUCAUCCAGCCCACUGCCCUACGACUCCUCCCCCUCCUGUCAUCCAGCCCACUGCCAUACGACUCCUCCCCCUCCUGUCAUCCAGCCCACUGCCCUACGACUCCUCCCCCUCCUGUCAUCCAGCCCACUGCCCUACGACUCCUCCCCCUCCUGUCAUCCAGCCCACUGCCAUACGACUCCUCCCCCUCCUGUCAUCCAGCCCACUGCCAUACGACUCCUCCCCCUCCUGUCAUCCAGCCCACUGCCCUUACGACUCCUCCCCCUCCUGUCAUCCAGCCCACUGCCCUUCGACUCCUCCCCCUCCUGUCAUCCAGCCCACUGCCAUACGACUCCUCCCCCUCCUGUCAUCCAGCCCACUGCCCUACGACUCCUCCCCCUCCUGUCAUCCAGCCCACUGCCCUACGACUCCUCCCCCUCCUGUCAUCCAGCCCACUGCCAUACGACUCCUCCCCCUCCUGUCAUCCAGCCCACUGCCCUACGACUCCUCCCCCUCCUGUCAUCCAGCCCACUGCCCUACGACUCCUCCCCCUCCUGUCAUCCAGCCCACUGCCAUACGACUCCUCCCCCUCCUGUCAUCCAGCCCACUGCCAUACGACUCCUCCCCCUCCUGUCAUCCAGCCCACUGCCCUUCGACUCCUCCCCCUCCUGUCAUCCAGCCCACUGCCCUUCGACUCCUCCCCCUCCUGUCAUCCAGCCCACUGCCCUUCGACUCCUCCCCCUCCUGUCAUCCAGCCCACUGCCAUACGACUCCUCCCCCUCCUGUCAUCCAGCCCACUGCCCUUCGACUCCUCCCCCUCCUGUCAUCCAGCCCACUGCCCUUCGACUCCUCCCCCUCCUGUCAUCCAGCCCACUGCCAUACGACUCCUCCCCCUCCUGUCAUCCAGCCCACUGCCCUACGACUCCUCCCCCUCCUGUCAUCCAGCCCACUGCCCUUCGACUCCUCCUCUUCCUGUCAUCCAGCCCACUGCCCUUUGACUCCUCCUCUUCCUGUCAUCCAGCCCACUGCCAUUCGACUCCUCCUCUUCCUGUCAUCCAGCCCACUGCCAUUCGACUCCUCCUCUUCCUGUCAUCCAGCCCACUGCCCUUCGACUCCUCCUCUUCCUGUCAUCCAGCCCACUGCCCUUUGACUCCUCCUCUUCCUGUCAUCCAGCCCACUGCCCUUCGACUCCUCCUCUUCCUGUCAUCCAGCCCACUGCCAUUCGACUCCUCCUCUUCCUGUCAUCCAGCCCACUGCCCUUUGACUCCUCCUCUUCCUGUCAUCCAGCCCACUGCCCUUCGACUCCUCCUCUUCCUGUCAUCCAGCCCACUGCCCUUCGACUCCUCCUCUUCCUGUCAUCCAGCCCACUGCCCUUUGACUCCUCCUCUUCCUGUCAUCCAGCCCACUGCCCUUCGACUCCUCCUCUUCCUGUCAUCCAGCCCACUGCCCUUCGACUCCUCCUCUUCCUGUCAUCCAGCCCACUGCCCUUUGACUCCUCCUCUUCCUGUCAUCCAGCCCACUGCCCUUCGACUCCUCCUCUUCCUGUCAUCCAGCCCACUGCCCUUCGACUCCUCCUCUUCCUGUCAUCCAGCCCACUGCCCUUUGACUCCUCCUCUUCCUGUCAUCCAGCCCACUGCCCUUUGA